AUGACGCAGCGGCCUGCGCGUGGAACCGGUCGAGACUUCCAGAGCCUCAAAAGCGGGCGCUUGGAUCUCGUCUGCUCCGCGCGUUUUUCUGGACACACGGAGGAGAGGGAGACUUGGGAGAGCCGAGGGUGUGAAAUGAGCCCCAGUCCCGACACUCAGGACUCGAACAGGUCCAACUCGAUCAUGGCGUCGUCCGGUGCACCACAGCAGCUGGUCGCCCAGAGAGCUUUCGCCGACACCAGCAUGAGAGGAGGCAAGGAGGAUGAUGCGACGACGAGCAACCCUUACCUCGCCGGACUGAGCAAGAAGGCACGAGGCUUGAAGAAGAAGAUGGAGAAGAUCAAGAAAACCGAGGCCCUUAGUGCGUCCGGCAAGCACCUGAACGAAGAACAGCUCAAGCUCCUCGAGACCAAGCCGCUGCUAGAGUUCGCUUUGUCGGAGCACGAGCGCGUGAAAGCCGCCAUGGAAGCUGUCGCCAAAGACGUGGAGGAGCGCGAGACGGCCGAAAAGGCUAAGCUCCUGCUCGCGCCGCCGCCGCCGCCGCCGCCGCCGACUGGCCUGUCCAUCGCCGCCGCUCCCGAGCCGGAACAGCCACCGGCGGCCCUGUCCAUCCCGGCCCCCGGCCCAGAGGGCGGCGGUCCUCAAGAUCAACAGCCGGCUGCUGAGGUUGCGGUGGCGACUGAGUCCGUAGGCGUGUCCACAGAUCUCCUGGCCACGGAGGAAGCAGAGGUGCAGACGGACGUUAGCGGGCCGCCGCCCCGACCGGGGCUAGACCCGAGAGAGGUGUCCGAGGCGGUGGCGGUGGCGGCGACGCUAGCGGCGCAGGAGAAGGAGAAGGCGGCGCAGGAGGCAGAGGAGAGGGGCAUUGCGAAGGGGAGGAAGGAGGCGGCCACGGGGCUGUCCAAAGUGCUGCGCCUGCUGCACGUGGCGAGCAGGUUCGAGGCCAAGGGGGAGCGCCUCCCCACCGCGGUAGAUUUCUUCUCCAAGGUGCUCCUGGGCAAGACCAUGCCGCCGGACGAGGCUGACUUCGACGACUGCCUCGGACAAAGCGUGGAGCGCGCGUCGCUGUACCUGGAUCCUUCCAACGGCUCCAAAGAAGUCGCGCCCGGGGUUUCCUACGCGACGCUGGACGACAUGGUCUCGACCUUAAGAAGCCAGAUCAUCGCCGGCCCCGCCGCCGCCGCUGAGGGGGACUCCGCAGCCUUCAACUUUUUCGGGGAGCCGAGUUCCGGCGGCGGGAGUUCCUCGAAGGCGGAGGCCGACGGCGCGGCAAAGGGGACGACGCCUCGAGAAGCCCCACCGCCGCCGGCCCCGCAGCCUUCGAAUGGCAACGGGAACGUUUCCUCGUUCCAGCCUCCGGCGGCGUCGGCUCGAGGGGGAGAGGAGCUCUCGGGAUACCAAUGGGGAUGGGUCACGGGUUGGGCCUGUCGGCGGCAGCACCGGUGCCGUCGCCGAGCCCUCCGGGCCCAAACCUCCCCGGGCCGUCCCGGGGAUCGCCAAACCUGA